AUGGCAAAAGGCGAUGCCCGUAUGGGCAAGAUCUUGGCAUCGUCAGCCACAGGGACAAGCUUCCUGAUCCUCAUCCAGUUGGCAUCGAGGAUCUUCACGUUCGCCUCAAACCAAUUGAUUCUGCGCACCCUUUCGCCGGUUGUACUUGGAAUAGCUGCCCAGCUGGAGCUCUUCCAAGUUUCAAUUCUGUAUUUCUCAAGAGAAAGCAUCCGAAUGGCUAUUCAAAGACAGCCAGUCUCUGAAAAAGAAAAACAAGAUACCGUUGCAACUCAAUCAGUGGCAUCCCAGGCAGUGGUCAACGUCUCCUACCUGAGUUUUGUCCUCGGAGUUCCUGCAAGCCUCUUAUUUACCAUGCUUUAUCAGCGCUUUGUCGCAGAGGAAGCUUCCAAUACUGCCUUCUUCAAUUACAGUGUGAUAAUCACUGGAGUGGCAUCCCUUUUGGAGCUCAGCAUCGAACCCUUUUUCGCGGUGGUGCAGCAGCACAUGUUAUACGAGAAACGCGCUGCCGUAGAAAUGCCAGCAGCCUUCUUGAGGAGUGCUGUCACAUCCUCUGUGUUUAUUUAUGCUUCUCGGGCCAAUAACCAACUUGGCGUCCUGCCUUUUGCUCUCGGUCACCUCAGCUAUUCGAUUGCCCUUAUCUGCGGUUACUCUUUGGCACUGCUGCCAGGGCCUCCUAAAGGGUUCUCUUUUAUGCUGACUACAGUGAAAUCCAGCGACCCAUCCAAUUAUUUCCUAGGACGCUUUUCUCGCCAAGUGACGUCUAUUGCAGCCAAUGUGUUCUUCCAGUCGCUAGUGAAGCAUUUACUUACGCAAGGUGACACCAUGAUGCUGGCGGCGCUCUCGGGACUCGAAGACCAGGGUAUAUAUUCCCUCGCGUCGAACUACGGGGGUCUCAUUGCACGAAUCGUUUUCCAACCGCUGGAAGAAAGUAGCCGGAACCUCUUCUCGGCUCUGCUAAGUCCCGACGAGAAAGGAAAAGUGAAUGAGACUCAUGUUCGCACCGCCAAAAACCACUUGAUAGACAUUCUACGCGCAUACCAGUUACUCGCGGUCCUAGCCUUCCCACUAGGCCCGCUGAUGGUUCCCCAAUUAUUGCAUAUUCUGGGUGGUCGCCAAUGGAGUUCUCCGAAGAUUGGAGAGCUACUCUCUGUCUACUGCUAUUACAUUCCAUUCUUGGCAUUCAAUGGCAUUACCGAAGCGUUCGUGUCGUCUGCGGCUAGCUCGCAGCAGAUUCGAAAGCAAACGGCAUGGAUGGGUGUAUUCUCUGCCUGCUAUGCUCUGGCCGCUUAUACCUUCCUGGAAGUGGGGCAUUUGGGUGCUUACGGGCUGGUUCUCGCAAACAUUGUGAACAUGAUUGUCCGCACAGUGUGGAGCUACCGUUUCAUCAGAGCAUACUUCCAACAGAAGGGAUGUAGCUUGCUCACAACUGAGGUGGCUAUUCGACCAGCCAGCUUCGUCCUUUGCGCUAUCGCGAGCGUGCUGUUGAGUGAACAUGGAGUUGGACGGGAUCUGGGGCUCAUUCAUGCUUUGGUUUUGGGUGUUGCCUACGGCCUUUUGAUGUGA